CAGACAGCCCCAUGGGAUCUGGCAUUGACACGGGUGAACCAUUCACCACCAAUAAGCCUUUGCGGUCUCUCCUGCAGCAGCUUGUCUUGGACCUACUUCUAGGGUUACCAGCAAUUGGCUUUUUCAUCUACGCCAUUUUUUUAAGCUGGAAUGACGGAAAGCCUGUCGAUAUAGACCCUAUACCGACUCUGCGGGUUGCUUCCAGUUACGGCCCCACGAUUUUCCCCAUCGCCUUCGCUGCCGUUGCCUCCAAUUUGAUGAAGGCUAGCGCUGCUUGGAAGCUGGAACGAGGCAUCACAGUACUCAGCCUAGAGCUUCUAAUGGGCAGUCGGACUGUCUUCAGCUCUAUUACUUCGCCAAUAUCCCUGCGUGCCUUCAACAGCCUCACCCCGUUUAUUCUAGCACUAUGGGCCCUCUCUCCUCUCGGUGGCCAGGCAGCGUUACGCGUGUUUGACGUAGGGCACUCGGCUCAGGAAUGGCCUUUCUGGUUUCUCAACAUCCACCAAAGGUUGCCUUACAUUAAGUAUCAAACUGGUGUGCCAUCAGCAGAGCUUGCUAUAUCUCUUGCAGCGUUCUCCACUGCACUUGCAAGCCCGAUGCAUCUCAAAACGGCAAGCCAAGACGUGUUUGGUCAUGUCAAGGUACCAAUGAUCGAACCAUAUCUUGAAUCAAUUUCGCCAGGAAAUGAUGGCUGGUAUGAAGUCGGGAAACUAAACAACACGACGGAAAUCAUUUAUUCGUCCCUCUCUGGAAUUCCAACGAGCCCUUCUGGUGGCUUCCAAUCGCGCGCCAACUACACAUUUCGAUUGCAGACAUCAUAUUUGAACACGCUAUGCAGUCUGGUGGAAUAUUCAAAUGUAACGACUUCCGAAUGGAAAAAGAUUAUAAAGCCAGGGAUAUAUCAGGAAUGGAAUCCACAUACCCAGCGCAACGUCACACCUAGCAACUUCUUCAGCAACGGGAGAACACUGCUGAUCGAAACCAAACCGCGCAAUAAUACAUCGCAGAGCCCUCAGGAGUUGAUUUUCACGUCUAUCUCACGGGAAACAGUAACAAACGCGACAUGCCAGUUGACAACAACAUUUGUUGAACUGGAGGUAGCCUGUUAUCGGGCGGCUUGUGCAGCUAGCUAUAUCCGACCCUUGAAGAGACCCGAUAACGCGACCUUCCUGACGGUCCUGGAUGGCUUGGAUUGGUAUGGUCAAUCCAGUUCAUCAUGGCGAACUCCCAUUUUCAUCAGUAAUUUUGUCCAUGCCGGUCUCCCCCUAUGGGGACCUACUCCAAUGGAGCAAUAUUUUACAAAUCCCGACUCACCAUUUGAGAUUGCCUAUCAAAACCAACCAAUAUCAGUUAUAGGAGAUGAUACUUUCUCACGACGCUUUUCCCAGCUGUUAAACACUUUCUGGAUUACUAGUGUCGCUCCCUUUGAUGCUAUUAAUAAUCUUACUCUUCAAGAGCAACGCCCAAUUGGCUUCGAUAUAUCAGACACUGCUUCAGGAUAUCUAAAGACCAAUGGUACCAGGACCUCCGACACGCCAGUGCUGAAGGUUCAUAGAGUCUGGCUUGGUAUUCUUGUUAUGGCCUCUCUAGCUACGCUGCUCGCUGCAUUCUCCGCAUCAAUCCUUAAUGUGCUGCGACGCGGUCCAGACAUCCUAGAUUUCACCACCAGUCUUAUAAGGGACACACCCUAUAUGAAUGUUGAUACUCCAGCUAUCCCCAUGCAAAAUGGUGUAGAGUAUACGAGGAAGCUAAGACACAUCCGUAUCUGCUUAGGUGAUGUCAAAACUGAACAGGGCACGGAACACAUUGCUAUUGGGACUAUGGAUAAGGCAGUGCCGUUACGA